AAUGACAAGGUUGAGCGCGCCGACAGCAUUUCGUCGUUAUUUUUUCUCUACUUUAGACACCGCUCAGGAUAUAUCGGGCAGCAGUGAGUUGGUGUAAUAGUCACUAAUGGGUAUUAUUUUCUGAGCUUACCCAUAAAAUCGCGCAUAUCGGAUCAUCUUGAUGGGCCCGUUAGGUUCUCCAGUCAAUAAUUUUGUUUCAGAAAUGCUGUCUGCCAAUUUCUUUCAACAGUUGACCUGUUGUUCGGAGCUGUUGGCCAGAUGUGGAUUGUUGUCCUCUGGAACAGAAGAGCUGCAUUUAAUCUCACGGAUGAUGUUAUAAUUAUUCAGGUUCUUUUGGAUACAUUUGAUUUCCUGGAUCAUACAAGAACAUUCGAGCAAGUCAACACCGAGGUGACCGGGACAUUGGAGGGAAAAACAAACAGAGUAGCUAUACUGUAUAUUCCUCUCACUGGGCUGGGAAUAACUCCAGACAAUGCUUCAGUGUGCCAGCUGCGAAAAGCCUAUUCUUGAUAGGUUCUUGCUCAAAGUUUUGGACAGACCAUGGCACAUCAAAUGUGUCCAGUGCUGCGAAUGUAAAUGCAGUUUGACAGACAAGUGUUUUUCACGAGAAGGGAAACUGUACUGUAAGAAUGACUUCUUUCGGAGAUUUGGGACCAAGUGUGGAGGUUGCGCCCAGGGGAUUUUACCCAGUGAUCUCGUCCGCAGAGCCAAGAGCAAAGUGUUUCACCUGAACUGUUUCACCUGUGUGAUGUGCAACAAGCAGCUGUCCACCGGAGAGGAACUGUACAUCCUGGAUGAAUUCAAGUUCGUUUGUAAAGAGGACUAUCAAAACAACAACGGGAAGGACACCAUCCUGCUUUCAGUCACUACAUGCAGCGACCCCAGUCUGUCUCCAGACUCCCAAGACCCGCAGGACGACGGGAAGGACUCUGAAACUGGACAUUUGUCUGACAAAGACGUGUGCAACAACGAGAAUGACGAGCAGAGCGCCGUCGGGAAGAGACGCGGGCCUCGGACCACCAUAAAAGCCAAACAGCUGGAGACCCUGAAAGCGGCUUUCACGGCCACACCGAAACCCACCAGACACAUCCGAGAGCAGCUUUCACGGGAGACCGGCCUCAGCAUGAGAGUCAUCCAGGUUUGGUUUCAAAAUCGGAGGUCUAAAGAGAGACGCAUGAAGCAGCUGAGCGCGCUGAGCGCCCGGAGACACGUGUUCUUCCGCAGCCCGAGGAGGAUGAGAGCGCUGGGAGAGAGAGUAGAGACAGGAGAGAUUGGCCACUUUUCUUAUUAUGGAGAUUAUCCUGGUGAAUACUAUGGCUCAGGAGGGAAUUAUGAAUACUUCCAAGGCCCACCUUCAUCCCAGGCUCAGACACCAGCAGACUUGGGCUUUGUGCCCUCCUCUGUCCCCGCUGGUACCCCAUUAGGAGCCCUGGACCACCACCAUCCAGGGCACCACUGUCCUGGCGAGGUGCAGUGUUUCUCUGACACAGUAUCUCACCAUCCUGCGGACUCACCUAGUCCAGAGCCUAAUGGACCAGGCUCAAUGCACAGCAUCUCCAGUGAGAUGUGUGGUCCCAGCACACCCUUCACUACUUUGUCUCUCAGUGACAAUGGAUACACCAACCAGCUGUCACAACCCUCCUCAGACAUGAGCGAAGGCACUGUGUGGUAACGCAGCUGACACUGAACUACAGUACAAGGCACACUUGGAUUUUGAAGGCAAAUCAAUGCUUUUUUUUUGUUUGUUUUU